AUGGCCGGCGUGCAAGGAAACAUACGGUCCUUUAUUGCGCCGAUCAAAGGAUCCGGUCGGACUGCUCCUACUUUUCUCGAGGAUUUGACGCUCUACGAACCCUGGCAGGAUCCUCAGCAAGGUCCAAAUCUAUUAGCUGACUCGCCGCUGAAGUUCAUUCAGACCCAAUAUUUGGGAGAUCUGAUACCUCUCUCAACCUGCAGGCACAAGUUCGGACUGAAACCGAAACAGUCGUCUCCUCCUGUGUUGGACGAAAGGCCCGACCCUGAGACGAUAUGGACCGUUGCAGCAUUCUGUCAAGUAUGCCGCCUGCAUCUCCAUGUCAAGGUCGACUAUACCAUCAGAUUUGAAGAAGCGCCCUGCCCUAGUACCGAUCAUCCCUUGCACCAUCUGGUGAGAUCGGAGUUUCAAGAACCAUUGGAGCGGAAUGCCUGGCUGCGGCAGAACCCCAAAUCAAGAGACGAAAUCUUUACCUACAAAUGCUCCUCAAAAACAUGUUCAGCCACCGUAACAGUCCGUCUGAGCCCUCCGGUGUUACGGCCCAGCGACCUACAACACUUGCUCGAUCCAGAAAUGCUCCGCCAAAGGACGGAGGACGCGUUUAAAGAAAGGGACGGCAACACUGAGGGAAUGCGACAUCCGGAGCCUAUUGAUGUGUUGACAGACCUCCGCGCAUAUGUCAGGAAUUCAUGGAGAGCUCAUAAGGAUGCCAAAUUCGGUUCGAUCAAUCUAUCGAAUAGGAGAUUCGUUGUGCGCUUUGGGCCGGAGGGAACCGCUUGUAAAGAUGUGCUUGAACGCCUCGGAUUCCAGCUAGUGCCUGGUGAAUGUUGGAAAGUACCUGAACCGGAUCUCAACGACUCUCAACCUUUUCAAAGUCCCCUUAACAUCUGGUUGGACAAUGCUGAACACGAGCUCGGAAGCCUGCUCUUAUCACAGCCGUAUGAAGUCCGCCAGCAGCUGCACGACAUUUCACCACCCGUACCAGCUGAAAGAGAGCUAUCUCGCGCUCUUGGCUGUCAAGAUUAUGACACCGACCCAGCCAGCAGGACGGCAAAUUUUCAGCCCGAGAUGAGAACUGCGCCUUUCAUUGCUCUCGGAUGCCCGAGAAACCUGGCCGACCACUUGAUUGUUAAAGCUUACCACUGGCAAAUCGAGACAGAUCCCCAGAAUGCUCCAACGUACUUGAGCAAUUUGCGAUAUAUUGCCAACGAUCGGGAAAGCGAGAUACUCGGGACCGAGGUGGUGAUGGAAACUUCACAAGGUCGAUUUGAUGUAGAGACUUUAAAUCAGGCAUACAAGGCCUUCCACCUCGGUGAGCAUGAAGGUGCGGUCAAUGACGACGAUAUUAUUGGUGCCUUCACCGCCACACUAGCAGACUCACCGAGCCAUCAGCAUGAAUUGAGGGAGUAUCUGCGUAUUAUAGGCGUUCACCGUAACAGUAAAAAGAUUGCCGAUGCAGCACAAAACGUUAUCAACACAUACGAGCAAGCGCUCAUCUUUUUAGGUGCUGAUCAAACGACAGAAGACGAGCACAUCCAGGCUUUGUUCACUGUAAAGACAUCUGAGAACAAAUCUUUGGAGCAACAAGCCAUUCAAGCAGUCCGCUUGAUAGCAGAGCAUCGUAACAGCCAGUUUCUGUCCCUCUGGAUCGACUCCGGAUUCGCACAAGAAACACAAAUGGAGCCUGCUGAGGGCUAUCAAGCCCUACAAAUCCAGAAUCGCGAGAUUGACGAUGAGAUGAUCAUGCUACAAUACAACAUGGCCAUUGAAGAGAAUCCAAGCAACGUCGAAUACUACACCAAAGCCCUUGCUGCCAUCGCCAGUGGCAGAAACAGUGCCCUCUUACUGGAUCAUUUGCAUAGCAAGGCUCCGCAAGCACCGGAGGGCACAGAGGAACAGCCUGUCGGGCUUGAAAAUAUCGGAAAUACUUGCUAUCUCAACAGCCUGCUGCAAGUCCUCUUCACUUUGACAGUCUUCCGGAACGUGGUUCUAGACUUCGACGAGUACAGAAUGAGUCUCGACCCAAAACUUGUGGAGAAGAAACGGGUUGGCCAGCGCAAGGUCAGUCUGAAAGAGGUGCAAACCGCCCAGAAGUUUGUUGAAAGACUCGCCUUGCUUUUCCGUGGCAUGAUCGAAACGCCACAUUCCUCCAUCAAACCAGAACAGGAACUGGCACGCCUGACUCUGGAAACCGAGAGUGUCAAAGAGAGGAUGCGUCGAAGAUCUACCCUCAUGUCAGAGAGACCCAGCCUAGGUCACAUUGAUAGCCUACCAAUGUCUGGCCCACUGACGCUGGCUGAGUAUGAGAAAAGUGGUAUACCAGACGACGCCAUCGUGCAGUCUCCAACAGGCGAUGCAAUCUUCGACCCUCUUGUCGACUUCGACGCAGCGACCUUGGAUGAGAAAGAUGACGCGAAAACAGAAGAGGGGGACACAACCAUGCAUGACAAUUCCAGCGAAGCCACGCUGGUCUCCAAGCCCGACAGCGACCAGGUACUGGCAGGUUAUAAUGCCCAAGAGGAGCAGCAAUCAAUACUGGAUAACAAGGAGAAUUUGUCGCCGAACAAGGAAGCAGUAUCUUCUCAGGACUCUUCUGCACAGACGACAAAUCCGUUGGCACCAGCGUCUCCGUCAGAAUUGAAUGCACAAUCAGGAGCAUUGUCCCAACUUACUGUAUCGACAGAGACGGACACGAAACAAGAAGUCAUUAAAUACGAACCUCCUCCAGGAAAGCCACCGCCUGUGCCGCCUAGAAAGCCAAUUCAGACGGCGACCACAACACUUGAAGAGUAUGCGCGUCAACAAGAUGUCACCGAGGUCAUGAACCAUUGCAUAAUUCAGUUGUCGUGUGCUAUGCGACCGACAGGAUAUGACCAAAAUGGCGAGCAACUUGACGAGGUCCAUGAUCUUUUCUUCGGACAACAGAUCGUUCACACCCAACCGGAAAAGGAAAAGCCACAACCUUUACCAUUUCUCAACAUCAUCACAAGAGUAUACCAUCAACCGUCGGAUGUAUAUGCUGCAAUCGACAACGAAUAUGACCUCCAAGAUGCACAGGAUGGAACGAAGGCUUACACGUCAGUUGUUCGUUUGCCGCCAGUUCUCAGUGUCGCUCUCGACCGAGUAUCCUGGAACCAAGAAGCGAAGCGUCAAGAAAAGCUCAAUCAUCACGUCGAAGUGCCCGAGACCCUUUAUAUGGACCGGUACCUUGAAAGUCAGGGUGAUACAGAACUGAUGCAACGUCGUCAACAAACUUGGGAGAUGAAGAGAGAACUAGCAACGCUUGCUGCUCGGAGAAGUCUCCUCGAGGAGAAGCACGGUCAAUCCAAAGACGUACCGAGUGUUCUACAAGACGCAAAGCUUGUUCUAGAAUACUUGGCCACGAUCCCGGCGGACCCAAUCUCGGAAGAGCUCAACAUCGACCCCAAUAUCACUGCCACUCUGGGGCUCAUCGUGGACCAGGCCCGAUCAGAGCUUGAAGCGAUCCGAUCGCGGAUGGACCAUCUGACCCAGCAGAUCAAAGAAGCAUUCGUCGACAUGCGUAAGAAUCCCUACCGCUUACAUGCCGCCUUUUUCCACCGAGGGGGCGCCGCUGGGGGCCAUUAUUGGGUGUACGUUUUCGACCACAAGAAGGAAGUAUGGCGCAAAUACAACGACGACAGGGUCAGCAUUGUGCAAAAUCGCAACGAGAUCUUCGGCAAGCCUACGCAGGACAACUGGGGUCCGGCCCCAAACCCAUAUCUACUGAUCUACAUCCAAGCAGACCGCAUCGAUGAGCUCGCCGAGACAGUGAAACGAGAAAUUGUCUACCCACCACCAGAUGCCCCUCCACCGGUGCCAGCGAGGAAUCAGAUGAGUGAGAUGCCGCCCGAAAGCAGAACCCAGGGAGAUGUUGAGAUGUUGGAGUACGUCGAUGGCAAUGGUAACGGCGAUUCAGACGCGAAGAACAAAUCACUGCCUUCAAGGUUAGAACUGUACUGUGCUCUUCCUCCUGCAGAUUGA